UUCAGAAAUGUCUUCAUCUAAAUUAAAAUAUAAUUCAAAUAUUAUCACAAUUCUUCUUCAAACAGAAAAUUAUUUAUCAGAAAAUGAAAAAGAAAGUACACCAAUGCCUGGUAUUGGGUUUGGCAUUCAAGGAGAGAAGCCUUCUCGUUUGAUUGUCAUCCCUGGCGGUGUUGCUGAUCGGAUGGGAUUAAAAAAUGAUGACGAGCUUUUGGCAAUAGAUGGAAAGACUUUACACGGACUAGAUCAUUUAAAUAUUGUAACAAAAUUAGCACAUAAAUGUGUAAAUCGGAAGGAAAUGCUUGUCACAAUAAAGGCAAAAUAUUUAAAUAAAAUCAAAAAUAUACUAAAUCAUUCUCCUUUAGAGAAGGCAAACAACAAAAAAGACAAUGCCAGAAGGAAAUUUACGACAACAAAAUUUUGGUAAUAAAAAUAAGGAAGAAAAAACGGAAGAAGAAGAAGAAAGAGGCCAACAAAAAAAGAAAAAUAAUUUUCCCUUUCAAAAGUUCC